GCGAAAGGUCCCGCUAUGCCCGCCCCGGCCGGCGACCACGGCGACAUCCCCAACCCGCCCGGCCCCCCAGGCUGCCCCGACACCUCUCUGGCGUCCACGAGCGACAGGCGAGCCCCGCCGAUGGCCCCGAUGGCCCCGCGGCCGCCGCUCCGUCCGGCCGUGCCGGGCCGUGCCGUGCCCGGAGCGGGCUCCGCUAGGGGGCGCCCCUGCUCCCGCGCUGAGGGGCCGCCGCAGCUUCCCGCCCUUCGCGCCCGCCGGGAGCUGGGCCCGCCCGCCCGCCCUUUUAUCGGAGCCAUGGAGAAGGAAAACCGGUUUAAACUGUUCAUGCCGCCGCGCCUGAGCGGUGGGCAGGUAUCUGCGGGCAGAUCCCAGGGUUUUAACAAAUGCUCAGAUGAUGAUUUUAAGCUGCCAUUCGAUGUGUCAAACCGCGGCGAAAUCACUGAUUCAGAUACAAUUUCACAGCAAGUAAAACUUUGCUCUGAAGUAGAUGAAGAGAAUACAGAAACAAUGAAUGAAUUGUUCUCAAAACUCUACAAAGAGGCUGAGAAGAUUAAGCAGUGGAAACUGACUGUGGAAUCGGAACUAAACCAGAAAGAAAGAAAACUCCAAGAAACUAGAAAGAUUGUUGAAGCACAGAAUAAAGCCAUUCAAGAACUGCAGUUUGAAAAUGAAAAACUCCGUUUGAAACUGGAAGAUGAGAUAUGUGAAAAUAAAGAUCUCUUGAAAGAAGCCGCUGCUUCAAGGCAUCUGUGUAAUCUGCUCAAGGAAACCUGCACUCACUUCACAGAGAAGACCAGCAAAUAUGAACAGGAAAAAGAAGAAACAAUCAAAUUGUAUGAGGAACUUCAUGGCAACAUAGAAAGAAUGACAGUGGCAUUUGAAGAGCUUCGUGUGCAAGCAGAGAACGACAGAUUGGAAAUGAGCUUCAAAUUAAAAGAAGAAGCAGAAAAAGUGGACAAGCUUGAAAAAGAAUGCAAACUGGAAGUCAGUCAAAAGGAAAAGCAGAUUUCAGCUCUUACCAUAGAGAGAGAUGAAAGAGAAGAUGUAAUAAAAGACAUCAAGACCCAGCUGCAGACGUCACAAAAUAAGAUUGCUGACUUAAUAGAAGUAAAAUUACAUAAUGAAGAAAUGUUAAAGGAAUCCCAGGUCAGUAAAGAACAUUUGAGGGCAGAGCUGGAAGAGGCUAAAAUUUCAUUGCAAAAGGCAGAGGUUGCUCAAAAGAACUUAGAAACCGAAUUCCAGACUACAGUGAAAACAUUAAUUCAGGUUACCAGAGAAAAGGAAGAACGGGAGGAAGAAUGUAAGAAACUGAAGGCUUUGCUUGCAGCCGUGACAGAGGAGUUUGAGACUUCUAUUGCCAAUUUGAAAAGCUCGCUGGAAGAAGAACAAAAUAGAUUAAAGAAAUCUGAAGACAAUUCAAAGCUGCUUAUCUUGGAGCUGCGAAAUAAAUCUGCUGAACUGGAAGAGAUAACUAAAGUAAAAUGUGAUCAAGAACUGCAACUUGAAGAGCUGUCAGAAACUCUGAAAGAAAACCGUGACUUGAAAGCACAGCUGACUAGUACAGCUGAAAAGGAACAAGAUUGUUUAAAACAGCUUGUGACUCUGAAAACAGAUCUUGAACAAGAGGCGUUAAAGAAUGAACAACUAACAGUGUAUCUCAAUAAGCUUUCACUAGAGAAAGAACAAAUAGCACAAGAGAAAAAUGCUGUGGCUGCAGAACUCAAGAAACUGCAAGAACAACAAGAGGAUAGUAAGAAAAAAGAAGAAAAUACAAAGCAGUUAGUUGAGAACCUAGAAGAUGCAAAUAACCAGCUAAGAAAUGAACUGGAAUCUUUGAAGGAGAAAAUGGCAAAGACAGGUGAAGAGAUUAAAAGUACACUGGAUGAAAGAGAAGAAAACGUGAAUAAUUUAAAGAAACAGGUGGAAAAUAAAACCAAAUGCAUUGAAGAGUUGCAGCAGGAGAAUAAGGUGCUGAAAAAGAAAAUUACUGCAGAAAGCAAGAAAAACAGUACUUAUGAAGGGAAGGUGAAUAAAUUGCAGUUAGAGAUGGAAAAUAUGAACAAGCAACAUAAGGAAGCAGUUGACAUCUAUCAAAAAGACAUAGAAACAAGAAAAGUAAAUGAAAACAAACUUCAUGAAGAGAUAGAAAAGAUGAGGUUGCUUUGUGAUGAAACGGCAAUGAUAAAGAGAGAAACUGAUAUCCGAUGUCAGCAUAAGAUAACUGAAAUGAUGGCACUUAUGGAAAAGCACAAGAAUGAAUAUGAUAAAAUGGUUGAAGAAAAAGAUGCAGAGUUAAAAGUAUAUAAAAUUAAACAACAAAAGCAGUUAUCAUCAGAAAGAGCACUGGAAAAUGAGCUGUCAUGCUUGAAAAGUGAACUGUCAUCCCUUAAGGAACAACUGAAAGCAGAAAUUGAAGAAAAGGAGAAUCUUGUAAAAGAGCACUCUCGCAACGUGAUUCCUGAAAGUGAAAAGAAAUACAUGACAUACGUUAUAAAGACUCCUCCAGCAGAUAAAAUGCAAAGUGGAAGAAGCACAAACCUGCCUUCAGAGCAGAGCACAAGGAAAAAGCAGAAAGUGCUUCUCCCGCUGGAUACUCAGUCAGACAGCUCCGAGCACACUGACCUCCUGAGCAUAGUCUCGGAAGAAGAAAUUUUUAAAAAUCUGUACAAAGAUUAUCCACAAGCUUCACAAUUACAUUUCACGGCACCAAAAAAGACACCAGCUCCAUCCAGUGUGAAAUCUCCAGGCUCUGCACUGAAGCUCAAAACCAUGAGGAGGAUGCGUGAGGCGGGCUGGACUGCAGUUUCCAAAAUGGACAGGAAAAGAAAAAUUAAAGAAGUUGUAAAGUUCUUUGCUUAAAAUGCAGAAAUACCCAGUGCCCUGGCAUUGCCUAUUGGUGCCACCACAGGGUUGUUUUUCUCUCAGAGUUAGUACUUUGUUGCAUUUUUCUGUCACGUUCAGUGUGUUUAAUACUAUGUUCAUUCCUUUACACAUAUAAACUUUAUGGAUCUAUAACUACGUCCCCCUGCAGAGCAUUUUCCACCUUUCUUCCCUUGUGCUUCAAAAUGUUGGGACACAAAUUAGCCAAUUUUAAAUUUUGAAAUAAAUAUAGCUACAUAGAAAGUUGUUUCAAAGCUGUUUCUGGCAUUAGAAAUUCUGGUUUUAAAAAACUUCUGUUCUUUUAAACUUACUCUGUUUUUCUUAACACGUAAGUACUUAGUGGAAGAAAUGUAGCUGUUAAAUGUCUGUGUUUUUACCUGAAGUGCUCUUGCUUUUUCUUGCAUUUUAAUGGCUGUUAGACCUGUCUUUUUAGACUGUUCUGUUUUCAGUAUGUUAAAACGGUUUUGAAACUUCUAAACUUUCAGUAGAAUUACUUGUAUUUAAAAAGAUUUCAGCUUCAUAAGGAGUAAAAUGUGCAUGUUAAAAGACUGUGAAAACAAUGUUAAGAGCAAUUAAAUUGUUUGUCUGAAA